AUUGGCAACCCUGCAUGUCAUAUGAUUUUGUAGUAGUUUGUCACGGGUUAGAAUUAUUGAGAGUUUUCACAAAAUGUUGGAGUUAUUGAUCAGCCUUCUUUUUAUAUCGUCAGCGUAUGGGGCUGGCGAGUUCUCUGUAUUGCACAGCCCAGAAAGUCUUACAUUCAAAGGCCACGAUCACGUGAGGGAAAGCACCCUCAAGGAAGUGUAUUCUGCAGCACUAGGCUUCUCAACAGAGCACUACUCCAACUGGCAGGGACUGUAUAUCGAAAAUCCCUUUGACCUUCCCGAGGCAAUUGUAACGGUAAGUGUGGACGGUGUAGCUGAUAUCGGACAACAAACUGGACAUCACUACCCCCUUAGAACUGAUGAGGAAGAAGUUGAAAUAUAUCAGUCUUUGGAAAGGAGGAUUUCUGAACGGUUCCCGGAACAGAACACCAAUUUGGUUAGGAUAGAUCUUUCCAACGGUUUAGACGAGGUGAAGAAGUAUGCAAUAUUCGAGGAAAUCAGGAGUGAAAACCCUAAGCACGUCAGUCACAAAUCCUUAAAAUUGGACGUUGAUGAAGAUCGGCAGUUUUUGAAGGAAAUAACUUUGCUUCGUGAGAUCACACGAAAGAUUGAGCAAGGUGUUGUCAAGCAAGACCAUGUACCCGACGUCUUCUGGUUUAGGGUGUCGGCACUCCACCCUCUUUCUGACUUGCAUGGAGAGAAUUCUACGGAAACUACCGAAGCCAAGCAAUUGCUGAAUGAGGCCAUUCUCAGAUUGAAGGAUGCUUUUGUGAAAGCAUAUGAUGACAAAGCCCUUGUAAAUGUCAUUACCAGCGAUGCCAGUCAUACCAGAAGGACUAGGAGCAUCUUACAAAUUAGUGCUAAGGCAGACGAAGAGACUGAUAAGGUAAAAUACAACUUAGCCAGCUACUACAGCAAAGACUACCCCGUAAUCUUCAACAUUAUCCUCUGGUUCGGCAUCGCCAUGUUGUUCUCGCUCAUCGCCAUUUGUCUAGCCAUCGGGAACAUGGACCCAGGCAGAGACUCCAUAAUCUACCGUAUGACAAGCACCAGAAUGAAGAAAGACAAUUAAAUUCUUCAACGGAUAGUAAAUGUCCCAAGUUUCGAUGUAAAAACUAUAAAAAAGAACAUCAUUUCGUGUAAUUUGUCUAAUUUGCCACCCACCAUAUUUACACCGUACAGAUUUUCCUUGUACGACCAACACUUGAAGUAUUUUAGUAGUUUAUAGGAUGUACAUAUCGCUUCGUCGGAAGUAUUGUUUUCGUUGUAAAUUCUUAUUAAGUGUAAUUUAUUGUAGGUGUUGGUUUACGUAGCGUAUAAAUAUUACAUUCCCUGUGAUGACACAAUAAAUAAUUAAAGUACA